AUCCCACAAUUGUUUAAUAACCCAACCCUAUUCCUCCCACGCGCCUUCUUCUCCUCUCUCUUUCGCUGACCUUCUCCAUUGUCUUGCUCACCAAGAACAAUCCUACGAACCAGUCAAGCCCACACUGAUACAUAAGCACCCCAUUUCGAACUUCAUCUUAUUCUUGUUGGCUUUCCUAGAUCGGCUUGUACAGUAAUGGUGCUCCCUCUUGUAAAGCUCGGAACUUUGCUGUUAAAGACUAUGAGCAAACCAGUAGCCGCCAGGCUUAAAUAUGCAGCUGGGAAGCACCCCAGGUUCCGCCAGAUUAUCGUCAACAUGGCUCAGGCAAACCACCGAAUCACCACGAAAAUGCAAAGAAGCCUCUACAGUCAUGCAACUGAUGCCGAGAUUCGGCCCUUGAAUGAAGAGAAGGCUGUGCAGGCUGCUGUGGACCUCAUCGGGGAGUUCUUUGUCUUCACGGUUGCAGUAGUUGCUAUGAUUUUUGAAGUGCAAAGAAGUGCCAGAUCAGAAGCCAGAAAAGAGGAAGCACGAAAGCAAGAACUGGAGGCAAUGAAGCAAAGAGAUGAAGAUUUAUCAAGAGAAGUGGAACUUCUGAGGAGCAAAUAUGAAGAACUGGAGAAGCUUGCCAAGGGACAAGGGCUCAGUGGUGUUUUCAAUUUUAAGCGUGUUGCUGAAAAAGAAGGUGCCAAUUCAGUAAAACCAGCUUGAUCCAGUUACAAGAUUUAUCAAAUAAAUUAUAACACAAAGAUCUUUAAUUUGUAACAGUGGGAAAAAUUCUCCCCUUAAUUCUUUUUGACCAUUGAUGGUCAAUUCCUAUUGAUAACUGGCUACAACUAUUUGCGAAUGUAGAUGAAUAUAAUUGAAAGAGUUGAGGCUU